CCCCAACUCAUCCAUAGACCUUGAGUAGUCGCGAGGUAUGAGAUGCGCUGUUCCCCACGCUGCUGUGCCGGUAGUCGUCAAACUAUGCUGUAUUCACUAUCUGCCGCGAACGGACGUCGUGGACAUGUCGAUGCAGUGUUCUUGACGUAGAGGCACAAAAGCCACUGGUCUAUUGUCUCAUUUGAGGCGCAGACGUUAGACUGUCGAUUCGCAUCGAUCUGCAUCGUCUAUAGCAUUCAGCCAGUCCACUAACCAGAGCAUAACGCAGAUCGGUGCAGCGCCACUAAUAUCCAACAUGGUCACCACAAACGCCCCCGCCUCGAACCACCAAACCGCGUCUCGAGACCCUACACCUAUCACAGCACAAACAGCCCGGAAGUUUUUUGAUCCAUGGAACAGCAGUUCUACCGGACACCAGCGUGCAGAGAACCGUCUCUCAGGAUCGACAUCCUGGCGUACAUCACGCAACCUGAAGCUCAGUGAGCAGCAUAAAGGCGGUCUUACUGGAGGACGGACAAGAGUUACGGAUACAGUUGGUGCAGGCAGUCAGGACUUUGGCAAAGAUGGGCGUAGAGCUGAUGGCGGGUGGGAGAAGGGUGCCAAAGGCUUGAGGACAAAUGGUCAAGCAAGUCUAGUGGAGGCAUGGGGAGCGAGUAAGGCGAACAAGAAACUGUCACAGGUGAAAGAAUCAGUGACCGAAGCGCGCCGGAUACACACAGAAGAGAGUGUGCAGCAGGACAAAGAACCUAGUUCUACACCCCAUGGCGACAUCCUCGACUCCGCGUCGAAACCUUCUGACAAGCACGUAUUCGAUGGACUCUGUUUCCAUAUCAACGGUUCGACGGCUCCAUUAGUGUCAGACCAUAAGAUGAAGCAUAUUCUAGCAUCACACGGUGCCAGAUAUUCAAUCGCACUGGGCCGACGAUCAGUCACGCACGUCAUCCUAGGCACGGCGAACGCGCACGGCGGUGCCGGCGGCGGCUUAGCUGCCAGCAAGAUUCAAAAAGAGAUUGCAAGAAGCGGCGGCAAAGCGGUCAAGUUUGUGACUGCUGAAUGGGUCCUUGAAUGUGUAAAGGCAAACCGGCGCCUACCAGAAUCCCGCUUCUCACCCCUUAAGCUUGCGACACAAACUCAGAACACAGUUUCUGGCAUGUUCCGUGCCAACGCCACUGCGACGAAUCAGCAUGGUCGAUGAUGGAGAAAGUUAUCCGAUCGGCCGUCUCACCCGCUAUCCGCAUCGUUCAUAGUGAUAGGGUUUCGUUUAGCCCGCCCAAGGACAUUAGGGAGCAAAAUAAAGUCAUG